AUGAAAGAUCCUGUGACUGUGUGCACCGACACAGGCCUGGCUUCAUCAUACGUAAUGCUCGCUGGGAAUGUUUGUACGCACACCACGAUAGGAGAAAUGCACACCUUCGGGAAGAAUAGGACCAACACACAUGCAACGUCUAUUCACUGCUGUUCAAGAUGGAGAGAAAACGACGUAUGUGUCCCGUAAGGUGGUUGUAAACAAGAAAGUUGGACGACCGGAGGAUCUCCUUUGACGGAAGGGAAAGACAGCUGAAAACGAAAUGGCAAAAUCCGUGCUGGGUUCGGACACUCUUCCUAAAGCAGGUCGAGUAAACGAAGUUUGUCGGGAGUGGUUGGUCCACGAGGAUGGAGCUCUCGCUUACAGAUUGCAGGAUGAAGAAAUUAGGGAACACUACACUGGCAACAAAGUGCGAAACGCACAGGUGAGGGAGGACGUACCGAAAGCUAAAGUUGAACAGGAGUUAGAAACAUUGAAGUAUCAGAGCUACGUUCAGCAACAGGAAGAGAGAGAUGCCUUAGUAGCAAGGCAGGUUGCAUUAUCCUUAGAGCGAGAAGAAAGACAAAAGGAACGAGAAUUACAAGAACAAAUGAGGUUGCAGUUGAGAUUAGAUGAUGAAGUAACCCAACUGGAACUUGAGAAAUAUAUUCAAGAAGAAAAAGAUGAGGAACUGGCAAGGAAAUUACAACAGGAGGAAGAGGAAAAUGCUAUAGACAAUCCAGAUGGAUCGUUCGAUGAACAAUUUUUGUUGGAUCAAAAAAUUGCAAUGGAGGCUCAGGAUGCUGAACUGGCACGAAUGUUGCAACAAAAAGAACGUGCUAAAGUUAGAAAGGCCAGGCAAAGGGCAAGACAGAGAAAGCUAGAAAAACAGCUUCAAAAAGAACUGGAAGAUCAGAAUGUUGCUGAAAAGCCUCAGAGGCCAGAUAAAUUAGAUUUGAAGAGUACAUCGACUAAAAGUAGAAUGCAGCCUAAUUUAAAUUGUCCACAAUACCAAGACCUGGAAGAAAUACAAACAUUAGAUGAUCCUAUUGAAAGUAUUCGAGAAGUACCAAAUGUAGCAGCAAUUAUUGAUCCUACUUAUAAUGGAAAUGUGCAUCGACAUACUUCCAGUAGUUCAAGUAAUACAGUAAGCCCUACGUACGCAUUACCCACACCUCCACAGGAACUUAUGAACGAUGAUGCUCCGUGUUAUAUGCCUAUACAAGGACAACGAAGAAAUCAAAUGCAAUCUUCAUCGCUAACUCACGCAGAGAAACAUAAGCGUCGAGUGAAAGAUGGUUGCAAACAACAGUAACAUAAUUCUAAGUCCCGAUUAUCAAGUACUUUCAAUGAAAAAACAUUUCGUUGCCAUGAAGACGUACAUGAGUUACAUAUUGUAGAUAGUUUACGUACCUUGUUUUAAACACAUACAGAUUCGUGUUAUAGGACAGAAGCUUUACUCGACGAAAAGUUCAAUGGUAGAAUAAAAUUUUUCUUAAAUUGAAUGUUCCAUUUAAAAGCAAUACUUUGCAUAGUACGAAAAUACAUGUGCCUUUUAAAAGGGUACGGUGUGAAUAAGAUCAAUGAAUGCUUGAUGUUUAUUGACAUUUGAAGUAAUAAGUUGCACCGUCCUACAUUGUAGAUUCGCCUUCUACCGUGUACAUUGAUAUUCAAUUUAAAUACAAUAAUAUUUCUAUCGAUAUGUUGUAUAAUGCUGAUACAAAGAUUUUUAUGGGAAAGCAAAAAGGAAAUAGUGAAAUAGACAAUCUGAAUUAGGAAUAAAGUAAUCAUGUUAUUAAGUAAGCAAACAGAAAUGUACAAAGAUUGACUAUUUAGACUGAAUUAUGAAACGAAAUAAUUUAAUUAAGACAGACUUUAAUCGAACUAGGUACAUGCUCUCUAAAUGAAAUUUUUUAUAGAUCU